UCUCCACACAUGUCCCUCGUUUGAGCUAUUUGUAGAAACAUAUGUUAGCGAGGCCCUAAGCUUAUGAAAAGAUAGUUGAUGUGAGAUUAGACACUGUUAAUCCGUUUUAGACAUUAUGUCCUGCCAGAUAUUUUUAACUUUAAUAAAUUGUGUGCAAAGGGUUACUAAUUUUGAGCAAUUAGAGACACAAAAUCAUGGGAAGCAUGAGCAGAAGAUUGGAUAAGUGGAGGAGAAUGGUGAGGCAACAACAUGGAAAGUUUUAUAUUAUGAGAAAAUGUAUCUAUAUGCUUCUCACUUGGGAUAAGCACUCUUAG